AUGGAAGAAAUGAUUAGCGCUCUAACUGAAGCAAUAGCACAACAACAAAGACAACAACUGAUGCCUUCGAUGCCUCCUCUGGUCCAAAUUGAAUUGGACAAUAAUGAUAUCAUCAACUUAAUGCAAAAAUUCAUGAAGAUGAAACCACCAACUUUCUUGGGAGGUAUAGAACCAUUGAAAACGGAGACAUGGUUGCUUAAAAUAGAGAAGUUAUUUGAAGUGUUUUCCUGUACUGAGACUCAAAAGGUCUUAUUGAUGACCUACACUCUUAAAGAUGAAGCACGAAGAUGGUGGUUAUUGAUCCGAAAUAGUAAUGGGAAUAUGAUUUGGGCACAAUUCAAUGAAAUCCUCUACAAUAAGUACUUUCCCCAAUGUUUUAGAGACCGAAAAGUUUCUGAAUUCCAAGAACUUAAGCAAGGGAAAAUGUCCGUAGCCGAGUAUGAGGCUAAGUUCACUGAGUUGGCCAAAUUUGCUCCUCACAUCGUGGACACAGAUUAUAAGAAAGCACAAAAGUUUGAGGGAGGACUAGAUCUUGAGUGGGCAUCUUGA